GCCCGGCCGCCCCCUUCCCCCGCGUCAAGCUCCCUCCUCUCUCCCUCCCCCCUCAGAUCUGCGUGCAGCUCCCCAAAGUAAAGCAGUGGCGUGCCUCGUGCUAUCCAUUGGCCCCAGGCGGCUGACGCUGCUCCUCAGAUUUGCCCGCCGCUGUGAGGAGAUGGCGACCACGGCUACUGGGCGAGCGAACGGCGACCACGGCUGCUGGGCGAGCGGACGGCGGCCACGGCUGCUCGGUGACAGAAUGGCGACCAAGGCUGCGCGGAGCGGAGGAAGCUGUAGGUGAUGCUAGAUUCGCUCUCAGGGGACUGCCCGCCGCUGCCGACGCCGGAGCGCCCGGCCUCCGCCUCCAACUGCGGCAGGGCCCCCUCCUCACCUCCCUCACCCCCUUCCUGGCGGUUCCUAGAUGUAGCACCAAGCAUGGCUCCCAUUGAAGAUACAACAUUGGCGGCCAUUGCAGACCCAGGCUCCAGGAGCAAAGAGUAUAUUCGUGAUGCAAGCAACAUGUUCGACCGAAUGCUAGAAAGGUGUGGCAGGGGCAUUUGGUGGUUUAGACCCAGGGUCAGGUCAAGUCCAUCUCAAUUCUCUUACCUGAUUGUUACUGUUUAAGAACGAUACUAUGUUAAUAGAGUGAAAUAUUAAAUAUGCAAGUUGUAGUACUACUGUUCACCUGCUGGCCUAUAUUGCUAUAUGCAGAAUGAGCUACUAAUGUCAUAUUGAUUACAUUAUGCUAUUCUAUGAUAUUUUUAUUGUGUUUGAUAACAAAUAAUAGGUCAUCCAAGCUCCUGAAGGAUUUGCAUUGAGAAAUUGAAACUGCUAUGAGUGAUUUUGGUUCUUGUAUAAUCUUUUUCGUUUAGUGCCUACUUCCUAGUGUUUAUGUCAAUGUUACCGUAAUACUUUUCUAUUAAUUAAGAUUGGUUUUUGGUUGAGAAAAGUAAUGCAUCAGUUGUACUCACCAUGUGUGCUAUAUCAUGUGCAGGUAUGCAAUUAAAAGCUGAGAAGGAUGCAAAAUUUGAGCUCGUGCUUGAAACAUGGGUUCGCUUGAAGCUACUUUUUGGCAGUAUUGUCAGAUUUUGUGCUAGAUUAACUACACUUAAACUUAUUUUUUGCUGGAUCAAAAAACUUUGAUGUUGUAUGUAUGUGAUGAGAUGUUGGAUCAGAAUUUAUCUAUAUAUAUGAGCUGGUUUAUAUCA